AUGUUACUGCCGGAUCUUGAGUCAUUCGAUUUUAAUAAUGAAGAAAAAAUUAAUAAUGGGAUUUGUUCUAAGGCUGAUGCAGAAGAUAAUUCAUUUUCUAUCAUGGAUCUAAAACCUGAUAUUGAAGAGAACAAACUGGCGAUAAAAAAUUCUAAAGAGAAAGUGAAAGUUGACCUGUCAAGUUUUGAUAGUUUCCUAUCUUUAACCUUCCCUUGUAGCUCAAUUUAUGAAGGUGUUCCGAAUUUGGAUAGUAUCAGUGAUUUAAAUCUCAGUCUGCCUUCAGAUGAUGAUGAUGAGUCUUUUGAUUUUGGUGAAAUGGAGAACAUCACGAAAGUUGAAAAAGAAAAAUCAGGAAUUAAGCCAAAAAACCUAUUGAGGGUUAGUGAGUACCAAGAGUUAAAAAUGCAGUACAACUUAGCGACAAAGCAUAGAGAUCGUCUGCUUAAAGAUUGUUACACUCUACAAAAUGAUUUGAACUCUCUCACUAAAAGGCAUUUCUUAGAUGUAGGCAUGGACCUCUUCGCAAUCGAACCAGGUCACUGCAACAGCAGUGCCAGGCACAUUAACCAUUACACCAUCGCGCCGCCCAAUUUGUCCAAUAAUAAUAAUAAGAAUGAUCAGAGAGUUGAGAAGCAAGAAUGGCUUAAAGCCAAAAACUCAUUUGCUAGUGUUUACAACGGCAACAAAAACAAUCUGAAUGCUCUAGAACAUGAAAAGAAAUUUGAGAAGGUUCGUCUGACUAUUUACAACGAUUUCUUUUCUCAGAAGAGGCCAAAGGGUCGAAAUCAUAUUGAUCGUGGCACGGUACCGGCCACGAAUGGAAAGAAUUUUUCACCAACUCAUUUUGAUGAUGACGACGACGAUUUGGAAAUUGAUUGCAGAGCUAGUAUGUAG